UGCAACUGGGGACAGGGAGAGCGAGGGAGCGAAAGAGAGAAAGACAUAGAAGCGAGACAGAAGGACAGAGUGUUGAUUUGGUUUGAAGAGCCGAAAUUCAACAUAAACGAGCAAGACGAAAUGUAAAAGAGAAAAAGAAUUCAACAUUAGGAUGCAGAAAAUUACAGACAUAGGCAGAAAAAGAGGUUGAGAGAUGGUAGGAGAGCAACAGGGAGAGAGAGAUAAAGAGCUAGAGAGGAAGAGAGAGAGAGAGAGCAAGCCAGGGAGAGAGAGGCAGCGCUUCCUAACUCUAGUGAUUCCCAGACUGGCUGCCUGGCUGGCACUGAGCUCUGUGCUCUAAUUCACCCGAUCUGAUGGGGUUUCAUGCCCUUGCUGCCAGUGCUGGGGGUUUUAAGACCAACACGGGUUUCUGCUGUUGAUCUUAAAUCUCUUCAGUUCUCACCUACUGACCAUAUCAGCCUACACAGAUGAUUACCAGGACAAGCUAAUCUCAGCCUUACUGACUGGCUAAUGGAUCUUCAACUGAAACACCAGUAAAUGCAAGUGGCCCAAAGACGACUGGCAGAAAUGAGAGCGAUACUGGCGUGUACUGUCCUCUCACUCCUGUCUUUGUCACAUGCCUGUCCGAAGGAGUGUAGCUGCAACAGCAACACCAAAGUAGUAGACUGCCGGGGUCGAGGACUGUAUGACAUCCCGCGACGACUGCAUCCAGACACCCAGGAAUUAUACCUUCAAGAUAAUCGCAUCAGGGGGCUGGGAUCAAUGGCUUUCAGGGAAAUACCCCUUGUUCGCAUUCUCGAUAUAUCUAAUAACUCGAUAACAACAAUUUCGCCAACUGCUCUGCUUGGGCUGAGAACACUGCAGCGACUCAGCCUGGCUCACAACAACCUGAGGGAGCUCGAUAAGCGGUUGCUUGGACCUAUCCGCUCACUUUCACACCUUGACCUCUCACACAACAGCCUGUGGGGUUUGCCUGGAGCCAUGGGGGACAGUUUGAGGAACCUCAGCCACCUGGGGCUAGCACACAACAGGCUGACAAGAUUAGAUCGUUCCCUGUUGGAGGCCCUGACACACCUGGACAGCCUUGCACUACGCAGCAACCCCUGGAGGUGUGACUGCCAACUUAUAGGCCUCAAACUCUGGCUGGAGACCUACCUCUUUAAAGGUGGAGUGGUAGAUGAAGUGCUUUGCUCCCAACCGGAAGAAAUGAAGGACAGAGACCUGCAGAAGAUCCCUUACCAGCUCUUCCAUGCCUGUAUGACUACAAGCUACCAUUACCUAUUUGCCAACAUACACCACCUUGAGUCUGAGAGACUACUACAAAGUCACACCCAUGGCAACCACGCUCAUCCCUCUAGCCAUGCUCUCCACGUCCCCAUGGCGAUGGGGGAGGGAUUUGGUGGUGGAGGUGGAGGCGGAGGUGGCAUGGCAGAGUGCGAAACUAAGCAGAAGCCACGGCCCGUCAACUUGCGGCACGCUAUUGCCACAGUGAUCAUCACCGGCGUAGUGUGUGGGAUCGUGUGUCUGAUGAUGCUGGCUGCCGCGGUGUACGGAUGCGCCUACGCUGCUAUCAUGGCCAAAUAUCAGCGGGAGUUAAAGAAGAAUGAGGAGCUAGCGGCAGCGCAGGGUGCAGAUCACGCCACAGCAGAUGAGAAGGAACCACUGGAGAACGCCAUCGCCUAGGAGAUGACAACUACCCUGAGACUUAAAACCUGGGCCUCAACCCUUUAACCUAAUUGUCUGCGGAUGCCACGCGUGUGCUUGUGCAUGUAUGUCUGCGAGAACAAAAACAAAAAAAAGAAGAGAGAGAGAGCGAGAGAUUAUUUAUUUACGAGUAUGUUGACCUCAUUUCUGAGACUUGGGUAGCUAAAUUCCACAGGUAUCUGACUAUGCACUGAUUAGAAGAGUAUCUUCUACUGUAUGCGGGUUUGAAGGACAGGCCAAAGAAUUCAAACAUUCGUUUUGUCUAAGAAAAGCAUAUCACUGAUAGGUACAGAUAUAUUUAUAAUUGUGUACUUGUAGGUAUAAUAGUGAAGCUCUUGUAUUUAAAAAAUGGACUUUAGAAUUUGGUUGUCGUUUGGUUGUUAUUCGUAAUUUUGAUAACUCAUAGUAGGCAGCUGCUGUCAGUUCUGUCGCAUCAUUGAUGUGAGUGUAUGUGAACGAGAAUGACUCUGUGUUUUUAUUUGUGACUGAGCGUGCGUGCGUGUAUGUGUGAAAUGCGUACUGUAUGCACAUAUUACAGAGACAUUUUAUGCGUCUGUGCCUAAUAAUGUGACAUAGGUUUGAGGAGGAAGGGUGUUUUCUUAAAGGAUAUUUUUCCGACAUGUGACGUUAAAAAUGGGAAAUUCGUUGAAGCAAUAAUGAAACAAACUAAAACGAAAACAACAACACAACUCGGAUUCAGCCUUGUUGUUUUUCUCUUAACUUUAUGAGUCUGAAUUAUCGUCACGCUGCACACAAUCACACCCACACGCAGACUAAGUUUUAGAACUACAGGUUUUGAGAACAGUCAAACAGUCUUGUUUGUGAUUUUAUGCUGAUUUCAUAAUGGUAGUCAUGUCCUACAAUAUGUAUUAUAUAUAAUAAAGGGAAGCAUUUUACCUGA